GUCGAGAGAAGAACCACAGAAGGAGAAGCAGCGUGCUCCUGCAGCAAACUGUCAACUCUGUUCAUGUGUGAACCAGUGUAAGCCUCCCUUGGGGAAAGAUAAAUGGAGUCUGCAGGACCGGAGGAUGGUGUUGAUGAGGUCGGGGCAGUGGCGGCAGCAGAAUCAAGUCUUCCUGGAUACAGAGGGACUUCUGCAAAGUCGGUCUGGGCUUUACUAGAAGAAGCAGCUGAAAUGAAAACGGAGGGAAACGCUUUCUACAGGGCGAAAAACAUUCGCUCGGCCAUUGGUCGCUAUCACCGCUCUCUGCUAGUACUACGAAGCCUCGACUCUGAUGUGAUGAAAUCAGUCAAAGGGUUUGGACCAGAGAAACCUGCGCUCACACCUGAACAGGAAGCUAUGCUGAGGAACACACAAGUGGACUGCUACAACAACCUUGCUGCCUGUUUGCUGCAGAGACAGGAUGUUUCUUAUGCUCGUGUGCUGGAGUACUGUCAGCGAGUCUUACAGUGGCAACCAGGCAAUGUCAAAGCACUGUACAGGGCAGGGGUAGCCACUCUGGAGAUCGGAGAUGCUCAGACAGCCAAACAGUACCUCAUGCAGGCCUGCAGAGAGCAGCCUAACGAUGCCAAUGUGAGGAAGCACCUGCAGAGGGCAGAAGACAGACUAAAUCGAGAGCUGCAAAAAGAGAAAGCCAUGUGUCGAGGCAUGUUGUCCUCUGGCCUGAAGGGCAGUUCUGGAGAGGGGAUUAACCAAACCAGCAGAGCGGGUGACAGGGUUUAGGCAGAGUGAAGUGUGCCAAAUGAAAAAAAAUCAGUCUGUCUGCAUAUCCUCAAAGGAACAUUCAUACACCUUGAAUGACCAGUAAUACUCUGUCACCUUUGAGUUGGUGGGUAUAUCUGCAGAGACUAAUAGAAAGCAGUCUGAGACGGCAAAUAUGUUGAUGCUGAAAAUAGGUGAGAACAGAGGCGUAGUUUCCUAGCAACAUGGAAAUGAAGUAAAGUCCAAUAAUUUGUGCUUGUGAAAGCUGAAGGGGCUCUUCGUGCACAACUCCAAUGCUUCCAUGAUUGCUUUUGGUCCGUUAAGUGAUUUGAAUGUUCAUUUCUGUAUGUGGUUUUUUAAAAACAAUCUUCAGUUUCAGAUUCAUUUUUAAUAAACUCUUGAUUUUAAAAAGAUGAAU